AGGAGCCUGAGUCGAGCUGACUGUCACCAUGAAGUUUAACCCCUUCGUGACAUCGAACCGCAGCAAAAACAGCAAGCGCCACUUCAGUACACCCUCCAACGUGCGCAGCAACAUCAUGUCUUCCCCCCUCUCUAAGGAGUUGCGGCAGAAAUACAACGUGCGCUCCAUGCCCAUCCGGAAGGACGACGAGGUCCAGGUGGUUCAAGGGCACUACAAAGGUCAGCAAAUUGGCAAGGUGGUCCAGGUGUACAGAAAGAAAUAUGUCAUCCACACUGAGCGGGUACACCGGGAGAAGGCCAAUGGCACAACCGUCCACGUGGGCAUUCACCCCAGCAAGGUGGUUAUCACCAGGCUGAAACUGGACAAAGACAGGAAAAAAAUUCUUGAAUGCAAAGCUAAGUCCUGGCAGGUUGGGAAAGAGGAGGGCAAAUAUAAAGCAGAACUUCUAGAGAAAAUGCAGGAGUGAUUACAACCUGCCCUUUGUCAGAAGCCCUGCUUGCUGUAGGCGUCUUCGGAACUUGGCACAGGGUCUCUGGCUGAUUUCAUUGUCUACUUGUUUUGUUGCUGAUCUGGCACUCUGUAAAUCUCCUUUUGCAGUUUUGAUAAUUUAUGA